CUCAAGCAGCAGUCCUUAGUUGCGAGCUUCGGUUUCUGCUGGAGGUGGGCCCUGCGAUGAGCGGCUAGGCCUCCAGCACGAGGCGGACAGCCAGCCCGAUCAUUCCCGAGCGAUCGUAGCAUGGGCUUCGCAGCGUGGCGUUUGUUCGUGGCCUGUACUGCCACCAAAUUUGCGACCGCAGAUGCCAGCGAUGGAUCGUGGAGGAAAGAGUACCCGCCGUGGGGGGAGAUUGGCGUUCCAACCGAGGGAGCACCCGUUGUUUGGUUGCCUCUGAUCGGGCCUUUCACAAACCACGGCUGUUUCCCUUCGCGGUACAUGUCUAUGCGCAUCGCUGUGUCCCAUGUGAACCGACGUGAUGGAACAUUCUGCCCAGCAAUCGCCAGUCUGGCCAGCGAUUUCGAGCUGCAGUAUGGCAUCAAGGACACGGGGUCGAGCGGCAUCGGGGCGGCCAGCGCUGUGCUCGAUUUCUUCUCGAACAGUACGGUCAAAAGUAUGAUCAAGGUGUUCCUUGGACCGAAUGGGUCAGGUGCUUCGAAAGCGUCGAGCACUAUCUUGUCCGUCUUUGGAAUCCCGCAAAUCUCCUGGGCGUCGACGAACGCGGACCUGUCCAACAAGGUUCAGUUCCCGCAGUACUUCAGAACGGUAUCCCCGGACUCUCUUGUGAUGAAGGUUCUCUCAGGCCUAAUCUCGAGCCUGGGUUUCACGAGCGUGAAUGUCCUUUACUUCGAUGCCCCCUUCCAGUCUGGGCAGGCAGCGGACUUCACGUCGUCUGCAGAGUCAGAGUUCGGCAUGCAGGUAACAAAGUACAGCAUCCCGAAUAGCGGUGAGGGUGGCGUCGCGGUUUCGGACAGGAACCGGCCCAUGAUGAACAAAGCACUCGAGGCUGUCAGAGUCAGCGAUUGUCGCGUGGUGGUUGCGUUCUGCAUCUACGAAGAAGCUUGGGACCUGUUCAGCGCUGCCUUUGAUUACGAUCUGGUGAAUGGCGAUGGGUGGGUAUGGUUCGGCGCGGACGGCUUGGCCGGAAAUCAGCUGAUUGGUGAUGUCACCCGGGUCUAUGCUUUUGUGGGUGCGAUUUACGUCGCUGCCUCGUCUCAGGGGCCCCGGUUCGAAGAUUACGUGGCCAAGUGGGCCGAGGACAUGCCCAGCACGCUCACGCCAGAGUUCUCAGAGAUGGACCUGUGCCUGGACCACAGGAGGAGCGGAUCCCCGCCGGCGGUGUGCGACGGGAACCCUGAGUUCAAAGGACAGAUGGGUCCCCGGCGACCACAACGAGACCCUGCUCUGCAAGGGCUACACCGCGCAGGCAUACGACGCGGUGGUCACGCUGGCGGUCGUCGCCGACAGGCUCCUCGCGAGGCUCGGGGCGCACCCGGACGAGCUCACCCCCGAGGACCCGACUGGCUGAGCGAGAUGAGGAGGCUCAGCGAGCCGAAUCAGUCCUUCGACUGCCUCUCUGGGGAGCUCACCUACAACGAGGACCAGGAGCCGCAUCCUGCCCAUGGACUUCUUCAACUGGCAGAGCGGGUCACUCGAGGCGAGCCGCGUGGCCCGGUGGAGCCUCACCAGCGGCUACGCCUGGCAGAUCGGGCAGGAGAGAUCCAGUGGCCAGGCGGUGCCCGCGCCGUCAUCCAGGACGCGGCGCACCCGCCGUCGUUGCCGAGCGGGGCCCUCCCGGAGUGCGGCGCGGACGAGUACUACAGCACCGCGGAGCAGCAGUGCACGCCCGAGUGCCUGGCCGGCGAGGAGCCCGACGAGGCGGGCGCCUGCCGGGCCUGCGCCGCCGGGACGUUCAAGCCGUCCGCGGGGCAGCGCGCGUGCCAGAACUGCACCGCCGGACGCGUGGCCGCCGCGAGCGGCAGCCGGCUCUGCAGCGAGUGCGGCCCGGGGACCUUCCAGGGCGCGGAGGGCCAGGAGGAGAGUGCUCGCAGUGCCCCGCGGGCUCCUUCGCGGCCGCGGCGGCGAGCACCGCGUGCCUCGCCUGCGCCCCGGGGUCCCGCGCCGCCGCGGCGGGGGCGCCGAGCUGCGAGCCGUGCCUCGUGGGGUACUACCAGGAGACUUCCUCCCUGGGCGUUCCGAGUGCACCAGGUGCCCCGCGGGCAUCACCUCGGAGUGGACCCUGGUGGAGGGCAGGCGCCAGUGGGUGCCGGUGGAGGGCGCGGCGGGGCCGUCCGCCUGCGGCUGCGCGGCGGGCACCAGGAGAGCGAUGGCGGCGGCGGGUGCGUGAGCUGCGGCACGAAAGAGACCACGGGCGUGAUCUAGGAUGACGUCGUCAUCGCGGAGGGCUUCUUCGCGGAGGACUCCUCCCUCUCGGUGUACCAGUGUUUCGGCGAUUCGGCCCGCUGCGUGGGCGGCCCGCCCGGCGCGACAUGCGCCGAUGGGCGUACGGGGAUCACGUGCUCCAUGUGCCAGCGCGGCAUGAAGAGGGGCAAGGGAGGGGUCUGCAACCCCUGCACCAUCACCACGACCAUCAUCUUCGCGGCUGCGAUUGCGGGUGGCCUCUCGGGCCUCCUGCUCAUGUACCUCGUCAUCGACAGCAGAGGGACCGCACAGCAGAGCUAUUCGAACACGCCUCGCGUU